AUGCAUGGGAAGACCCCCGUCGUGGUGCCGCCACGUGUGCGAGAUGUACCGAAGCAGCCCGAGCUCGUGUCUCCCAAGGCGGGGCACUCGGCAGCCGUGAGGCCGCCGAACGUCAACGUCCAGGUUCACAUGCAGGUCGGGGUUCCGCAGACGAUCCCCCCGAAGGCUGGCAGUCCGGCGCUGGUAACGGGACCCAUCCCACGCUCUGCCAAGGCGUACGCGGAGGCAACAACUGCUGAGGCGUUAGCAGUAGCGGCAGCGUACAGAGAUGCAGCUGGUGCAGCUCCGGCACUAGGGGCGGCAUACACAGACGCAGCCACCGCUGAAGCAUUGGCAGCAGCAUACAGGGACGCAGCUGCAGCGAACGCAGCUCCGGCGUUAGCAGCAUACACAGAAGCGGCUGCAGCCGAGGCACUAGCAGCAGCAUACAGGGACUCGGCAGCAAAUGUAUACACGGAGGCAGCCGCGGCUGAGGCAUUAGCAGCAGCAUACAAAGAUGCUGCUGUAUCUGGUGCAGCUCCGUCGCUAGCAGCAUACGGUGACACAGCCACUGCCGAGGCACUAGCCGCAGCAUACAGGGACGCAGCUGCAGCAAAUGCAGCUCCUCCCAUUCCUCCCAUAUCAUCAGCAUAUCCAGGCGCGACCGCGACUGAGGCAUUAGUAGCAUACGGUGACGCCGCAAGCACAGCCCCAGCUUUCACAGACGCGGCCAUGACGGAGGCACUAGCAGCAGCCUACAAGGAUGCGGCUGCAGCAAACGCAGCUCCGGCAACAGCUUACACAGAUGCAGCUAUGACGGAGGCACUAGCAGCAGCGGUGGCAGCAGCAUAUGCGGAUGCAGCUGCGACGAGCACGGCUGAGGCACUGGCAGCCGCAUACAAGGAUGCAGCUGCUGCGAACGCAGCUCCAGCGUUAACUGCAGCUCCUGGAAGAGAGGUGGCCUUGGCGGCACUCACAGACACGCUUAUUCCUGCUGCGGGGAGUGGAGCGCCAACCACAGGGGCCCCAUGGCGGUUGCAGAAGGAGACUGGACACGGAGCUAGCACCCCUGCGCCGGCGACCUCUGCGCCGGCGACCUCUGUGCCGGUGACCUGUGCACCGAUACCUACUACGCCACCUACGACGCCACCGAACUCUGCAACGGUUCCUCCCGUACUCAUGCAGGAGGACGAAGCCCAGCCGAGAAAAGGUCUUGGGCGGGCGGUUCCUGCUGAGGCGCCCCAGGCCACGCGUUCCGGGAGGGUCCCGUCGCAGUCGAGAGUGACUGAGGAGACGAAGGAGACGAAGGCUGUCAAAACCAAGCCGGCCGCGCCUCCCGUGCGGAAAGAGAUUCCGGAUGUGGUAGUCGUGACCUCCACACCAGUGGCCACUGCGCCGGUGGCCAGCUCGGCACAGGCUAAGCCUGAGGUCGAUAGCAAACCGGCCACUUCGGCCAAAGUUCAGAAAGAGCCUGCGGAUGUCGUGGUUGCUGCUUCUACCCCCAUGCCGUCCCCGGCCAAGCCCGAGGUGAGAACCGCACAGCAGGGGACGCACAAGGAGCUGCCGGCUAACGCCGGCACGGUGCCACUGGCUGCGUCGAAGCCAGUGCCAGGUGAGCAUCUGGCCGAGCCCCAGCAGGCUCAUGCCAAGCGUCCAGGACCAAGAGCCCUGCCACAACCAAAGCCGGUCGCGGAGACGAAGGCUGUCGAAGCCAAGCCGGCAGCGCCUCCCGUGCGGAAAGAGAUUCCGGAUGUGGUAGUCGUGACCUCCACACCAGUGGCCACUGCGCCGGUGGCCAGCUCGGCACAGGCUAAGCCUGAGGUCGAUAGCAAACCGGCCACUUCGGCCAAAGUUCAGAAAGAGCCCGCGGAUGUCGUGGUUCUGGCUCCUACGGCGGUGACCGCCGCGCCAGUUUCCACUUCUGUGCUUGGCAAGCCUGAGGUGAAGACCGUGCCGCUUGGGACGCACAAGACGCCCAUGCAGUCGUCCACGGCAGGGGCCAAACGCCCCGGACCCCGAGCUCUGCCACAGCCAAAGCCUGGGCCGGUAGAGCCCAAGGUGGUCGCUGCCACUCCGCCGCCUAAGGCAGAGGCAAAGCUGCCGCCUCAGAGCGUGGUCAAGGCUUCGGAGCCACGUGCUGGGCGUCGACGCACGGAGGACCCCGCCCAGGUGCCGCCUGCAAAACGUGUCUUCGACUGGGGCCUGCUGGCCAAGAUCGACUCGCUCCUGUUGGGAGCGGAGAGCAGCUUCUUCCUGCAUCGGCGAGGUGAUGGCCUUCGACUUCCAGGUUACGAACCCGAGACCUGCGAAAGCAGCGGAUCGGAGGACGAGGAGGAUGCGUACGAGAGUGAAGAGUCUGAGGAGUCAGAUGCCGCAAAGAUUCUGGGCGCUCCAGGACCUGCGGAUGCAGACAUGCAAGAUGAUGAUGAAGAGUUUGAGGAGGAAGAGGAGGAAGAAGAAGAGUGCGAGGAAGAUGAUGUUGUUGAGGAGGUGGACAAGGUGGAUGCCAUGGCUGCGGUGGUUGCCACCACCCGGCCCAAGGCAAAGAUGCCUCCGCCACCACCGAGCCGCGAGGUGUCCGAGCCCAAGGCCCCGGCGCUAUCCACCCGCGCCAAGCCACCACCAUUGCCUCGAGAGACAGCCCCUGUUCAGCGCCGGCCCAAGCUCAGCGAGCGCAGGGACGAGGAGCUGGAGGAGCCAGCUGCCCCAGAAGCUCCAGAGGCAUCCAAGGCCGAGGAGGCCCACCAUGAGGAGGACGACGACUUCAACGACGAGGAGAUGAUGGCCACCUUUGCGGCCAAGCUUCAGGAGCCCACACAGGCUGCAGUGCCACCGCUGGAUGGACGGGGUCGUCCCAUGGUUGCUCGUGGCGACCAGGACUCCGACCAGAAACCUGCCAACAUCGCCACGAGAGCCAAGGCCAAGCCAAAGCCCAAAGCCUGGGGGCUGCCGCCGCCGCUCUCAGGCAAGAAAAGGCUCAAGGAGGAUGCGAAACCGCCCCGAGAGCCUGAGGCUUUGCCAGAGGAGCAGCCACCGCCACCCUUCUUUGACCAGUGGUUGGCGAGCCUGAAGUUCAUCGCCGGGUGGAAUGACCAGAAAAAGCACCAGGCCUCCGAGGUGAAGGAGGCCUUCAGCGAGUACCUCGCCGCAGAGGACAUUGUCGGCAAGACCACUGUGGAGCAGCUGUGCCGAACGAUCGUUCCGCUGCUGCUGGACUUGGAAAGGGUCGACACCAUGGUCGUCUCACAUCUGCGGGCAGAGGUCCUGAGGACUCUGAAAAUCGUGCAGGUGUGUAUCUUGCGCAUCGUGACCUUCGAAAUGCUGCGAGAGGCUGAUGCCGCGCAGAAGAGGGGUCCCAAGGGCAAGAAGGUCCAACCUGAAGUGCCCCCAGAAGGUGCUGCGUACCUUGCUAGUGACAUCACCUCCCUCGCCAAGGUCAUUCAGCACUUUCGCUUUGACCAGAAUUUUACCAAGGGAGUGCAUCAGCUCAUCGUCGCUUUCCGGAAGCAAAAGGCGGACAAGCCCCGACCAGACAAAGGCCCGCAAGGCCAAAGCGCCCCCAAGGCCCCACCGCCCAAAAAGCGGCGGGUCGAGGCCGAGCCUGUGGAGGCUGAGAAGGCCCCGGCGCCUGAGCAGGCCCCGGCGCCAGAGAAGGCCCCGGCGCCAGAGAAGGCCCCGGCACCAGAGAAGGCCCCGGCGCCAGAGAAGGCCCCGGCACCGGCACCGGAGAAGGCUCCAGUGCCAGAUGCGCCGGAGAAGGCCACGGAGACCGAGGCGCCAGAGGCGCCCGAGGUGGCCGAGGCGCCCGAGGCGCCAGAGAAGCCAGAGAAGGCCGAGCAGGAGAACGCCGAACCAGAGAAAGUGGCGGAAGGAGAAAAACUUCCCACAGAGGAGGAUAACGGCGAUAACGGCGACCAGGACGGCGAGGGCGAUGCGGGCGGUGAGCCUGCCAAGAAGAAGCCGCGGCUCGUCUCCUGA